CUUCUUGUUGGUGAAACUGACCUGAGUAAAGAUGAACCGAGCAGGCCAACCGUUGUUCAUGAAGACCUACGGCAAACAGAAACGGAAGUUGGAGGCCUGGAUCUCCCCUGACAACCGAAAACAGGUUUUCGACACCACCUCUUCCUCUGACCUCUCCAUUGCUGAGCCCUCCAACCCCAAACCCCCGGCCAAGAGAGGGAGAAAGACAAGUACAGCAGAUGGCAGUAGAGCGACGCGACUAGCUAAGUCCAAUGCCCUGUCCUGUCUGAGAGAGAAGGACAGUGACGAAGAGAACAUCUUCAUUGUCCCUCCUCCUCCUCCUCCUCCUCACACCCAGCAGCAGAGCAACAACGCAGACAGUCCGACUCCAGGGAAGUUUGUGACGCAUCGUAGGGGAGCAACAACCGCCAAACACAAAGCCCCCAAGAGGAAACUCAGAGUCCUGCUGGCCCAGCUCAGCUCCAACUCCUCUGAUGACUUCGUCCAUGAUGGAAGAGAAGAAGGGGGAGUGGUCCAGCGUGCCUUCCCUUGCCGUGCCAAACAGGGGCGCCGCCGUGCCCUGGCCAACGCUGACAGCUCGUUGGCCGACCCGGGGAACAGCGGAGUAGUAACCAACGGUUACGGUUUCCUGCGAGAUAUCUCUCUGAAUGAUUCGCCCGAGCGCCCCUCGGGACCCUGCCACAGGAAACCUCUCUUCUCCUCCACCCCUAGCUCACGUUCCCUCCGUCCUCCCAUCUCUCCCUCCGCCAGCGACGUCAUCUCUCUGAGCGCCGCCCGGGAGGAGCUGGCCGUUCAGAGGACUCCGCUCCGUCCCUCUCCGUCUGCCUCGCUCGCAGAUCCACGUCCUGGGCAACGCCAGCUGUCGUCCCUGUGCCGGGAAGUGGGACCAGAGGUAGGAAACUGCGAAGGAUCAACCAGCGUGAGGAGUAACAGGAGCCGGAAUGGAGACUCGGCGAUCCAAGAUGGCGUCGGUGAGCAGCUGAGCCUGAGCCUGUUCUCCGCGGUUGCCUGUGAGCGGACUGGCUCAGGCACGGCCGGGGAGGAAACUGAGGACGGCAGCCAUUUUGUGUCGGCGACGACGGCGGGACGGGAUUGGCUGGCCGAGGUAGUGAAGGAGAGAUGUCUGACGCGGCGCUGUGUCGUACGGCUAGAGAGAGAGUACAAACUGCACCGCGACGCCACCUAUUCGUCCUGCGUCGACCCUACGAGGUCACGCUACGACGGCGGGUCCGUCGACCACUCGGUGAUCAGAGAUCCGUCUAGAGGAGACGCGGGGUCGGCGAACGAAGGGCGGUCUGUAGACCGUGCGGUGAUCAGAGAUCCGUCUAGAGGAGACGCGGAGUCAGCGAACGAAGGGCGGUCUGUAGACCGUGCGGUGAUCAGAGAUCCGUCUAGAGGAGACGCGGGGUCAGCGAACGAAGGGCGACCACGUUCCCAAGGACAGUCUCGUCCCCUAAAGACCACGUUCCCAAGGACAGUCUCGUCCCUAAAGACCACGUUCCCAAGGACAGUCUCGUCCCUAAAGACCACGUUCCCAAGGACAGUCUCGUCCCUAAAGACCACGUUCCCAAGGACAGUCUCGUCCCUAAAGACCACGUUCCCAAGGACAGUCUCGUCCCUAAAGACCACGUUCCCAAGGACAGUCUCGUCCCUAAAGACCACGUUCCCAAGGACAGUCUCGUCCCUAAAGACCACGUUCCCAAGGACAGUCUCGUCCCUAAAGACCACGUUCCCAAGGACAGUCUCGGUCCCUAAAGACCACGUUCCCAAGGACAGUCUCGUCCCUAAAGACCACGUUCCCAAGGACAGUCUCGUCCCUAAAGACCACGUUCCCAAGGACAGUCUCGUCCCUAAAGACCACGUUCCCAAGGACAGUCUCGUCCCUAAAGGGAACGUUCCCAAGGACAGUCUCGUCCCUAAAGACCACGUUCCCAAGGACAGUCUCGUCCCUAAAGACCACGUUCCCAAGGACAGUCUCGUCCCUAAAGACCACGUUCCCAAGGACAGUCUCGUCCCUAAAGACCACGUUCCCAAGGACAGUCUCGUCCCUAAAGACCACGUUCCCAAGGACAGUCUCGUCCCUAAAGACCACGUUCCCAAGGACAGUCUCGUCCCUAAAGGGAACGUUCCCAAGGACAGUCUCGUCCCUAAAGACCACGUUCCCAAGGACAGUCUCGUCCCUAAAGACCACGUUCCCAAGGACAGUCUCGUCCCUAAAGACCACGUUCCCAAGGACAGUCUCGUCCCUAAAGACCACGUUCCCAAGGAGAACCCACACAGAAGGAAGAUGGGAGGUGUUCCCAAAGAGAGGAAGCGGAGGAGCGUGUCUCGGGAGCGCCCCGCCACCGGGAGGAAGGUGUGCGUGAGCGGUGUGAGUUUGAGUCGCUGGGGAAGGAGAGACGGGCCUCCGACCGGCAGAGCAGCGCCUCCCCCUGGUAGAGCUGGGGACUGCAGCAUUACUGAACUGCUGUCUGCUCAACACACACGCAAGGUAUCCAGUCUAUCAGACAGUAUAGUCCUGUGGACUCCAGGUAACAGUGUCCAUCUGUCGUCUCUGCUGGGGACUCCUGACACUCACACCUGGAGUCGCCUCAAAGCUGCCCUCUCCCUACACAGGAAGACCAAAGCGUUCCUGACUCCUAAUAGGCUGCCUCGCUACCUGCUGUCCUCUCCUGAGGCGGAGCUAGGGGCGGGGCUAGGGGCGGAGCUAGGGGAUAUCAGUCAAAAACUGUUCUCCACGCCCCGCCCACCAAACCGCCGCCCACAGAUACGGAGGAGCACUCCUCUGAGUGUGUAUCCAGGCAGCGAGCUGUCUGAUGAGCAGAAGGUGUACUCGGAGUGUAAUCAGACAGGACCUCGGUCCUUCCAGGACUGUCUCCCAGCAGCCAGGAUGAAGCUGUGUCGGAAGGUCGGAGAGGGGGCCUUCGGAGAGGUUUUCAGCACCACCAACUCCUCGGGAGACGCUGUCGCUCUCAAGAUUAUCCCAGUAGAAGGCUGUGACCGGGUGAACGGAGAGGAACAGAAAACCUUUGGAGAAAUCCUCCAUGAGAUUAUCAUCUCCAAGGAGCUGAGCAGUCUAAAGGAGAAGAAGCAGAACCAGACCACUGGCUUCAUCGGACUGAAAGAUCUCCACUGUGUCCAGGGCUGCUAUCCUCCAGGUCUGCUAAAAGCCUGGGACUCCUUCAAAACACAGAGAGGAUCAGAGAAUGACCGACCAGAUUUCUUCAGUGAGGAUCAGCUGUUUCUCAUCCUGGAGUUUGAGUUUGGAGGCAGUGACCUGGAGAACAGUAAUGGACAGCUGGCGUCGGUGAUGGUAGCCCAGAGUAUCCUCCACCAGGUGACUGCUGCUCUGGCUGUGGCUGAACAGGAGCUCUGCUUCGAACACAGGGACCUCCACUGGGGUAAUGUGUUGGUCCAGUCCUCUAAGGAGAAGGAGGCGAGUUUCCUCCUCGACGGGACAAACCAUUCCUUAGAGACCAGGGGGGUGAGCGUACGCAUCAUCGACUACUCCCUGUCCAGGCUCGAGAUCGAUGGUCUCACCGUGUCCUGUGAUAUCUCAGCGGAUGAGGAGCUGUUCCAGGGACGUGGAGACUACCAGUUCGACAUCUACAGACUCAUGAGACAGGAGAACGGUAACGUGUGGGGGGACUACCAGCCCCACUCCAAUGUGUUAUGGCUCCACUACCUGAGCUCCAAGCUGCUGACGAUGACCUAUAAGGGCCGAGGGUGGCGGGGCGUCAAGCAGGCCAGGUUGGACCUGCAGCGUUUCCACGACAAUGUCCUCGCCUUCCGAUCUGCCUCUGACGUACUGUACAACUGUGGCCUGUUCCAAUGAGGAAGAGAGAGAGUGUGUACUGCCACAUAUUGUUGUUGUUAGCAGGAUGCUAGCUUGGUUAGCAGGAUGUUAGCUUGGUUAGCAGGAUGUUAGCUUGGUUAGAAGGAUGUUAGCUUGGUUAGCAGUAUGUUGGCUUGGUUAGCAGGAUGCUGGCUUGGUUAGCGGGAUGCUAGCUUGGUUAGCGGGAUGCUAGCUUGGUUAGCGGGAUGCUAGCUUGGUUAGCGGGAUGCUAGCUUGGUUAGCGGGAUGCUAGCUUGGUUAGCGGGAUGCUAGCUUGGUUAGCCCUAGCAGUAGGCUAUAGUACUGUGUAGCAUCCAGUCGUAACCUUUUUUAGAGAUGAAAUUUUCUUUUGUACAUAUUUAUAAACCCACAAGACUGUAAUGGCUUUGUAUUCUUAAAUU